GCCACUGCGAUUGCCGCCGCUUCCUUUCGCGUUUCUCGACUGCUUCGAAUUUUUUUUUUUUGAAUGAUUCGAAUUGGUUUAAUUUAUUGAAUAGGAGAAUAAUGAAAUCAGUGAAAUUUUGACAAACUCCAAAUUUGAGCACCAAAAGAAAAAAGAAGCAAAACACUGCCCAGCUGGACCCCCUCUACGUUCAGUCCGGCUUCGACCUGCUGCUGCUCUGAACAGAAACUGAGGCCCGUUGCUGCCUCCCGAGCGCCUGGUCCGUCAUUCCGCGUGCAGCGCCCGCCCGCAGAAGCCCGCCGCCCUUUUUCUACCCUCGCACCGCCCACCCCCAAUUCCUUCCCUCAACAACCCGCCCCCUUCCUCCUUCCAAUUUUUUAAUUCUUCUACUCCGCAUCUACCAAAUCUUCAAGGCCCCGUGUCCGAGUUCAAAUCUCGACCGCCCCUUCCGAAUCCACCUCCGUCAACAUUUUCUCCCACCACUUUUUUUUCCACAACUGCAACUUGGCACAUCCGGUAAAACACCCCGGACUCACAAACAUCAUCGGCGUCAACUGGCUAUUGAAGUCGUGAUUUCUUUCUCUCUUGUUCUUUAUUACUUUCUUGUUGCUCUCCUUUUUUGACGACAACGAAACCCCAAGACGAAAUUCCAUCAUUGACGCGCGUGUCUGCCGUCAAACCCGCUUGCAAUCGCCGCUCAACCACUGCGCUUCGCCCACGAUGGCGUCGGUUGUGCGUGCCACCGCCCUCAGGGCCGGCGGCGCCUGUGUGCGCUGCCGAAAGGGCAAGACAAAGUGCGUCUACGAAAACGGUCGCGCUCCUUGCAAGAACUGCGCCAAGGGAAUGCAUGACUGCUAUCUACCCUCCGAGUCGAUGAGCCACGGCGGUCAUGGAGUAUCGCCUGCUCGGGUUCCUCAGCGAUCAAGGGAGUCUCUGCCCAGCGAUGCGCGCAGUGUUGGCCCGUCGGCCGAGCGAAAUGUCGGUGGACAGGGCGGAUCGAGUGCAUCGCGUCACACAGGCACGACAAGCGAGAAGUUGACUCCGGAGUUGUUGGCCGAAUGCGAGCGCGUCGUCAGCAAGACGAUCCCGGCUUGUGUCGCCUUUCACAAGCCUUCGUUCAUUCAGCAGCUCAAGGGUAAUACUAUGGACCUCACCAUGGUCAAUGCGCUGCUGACUAUGGCAUCCCGGCACUCUCCCGUCCUCAUCCGGAGGUACGGCUCGCAUGGUGGCGCCACUGGUGCCGCUGAGCAUUUCGCACUCAAGUCCAUCAACGGCAUCAUGCAAGGGCUUGACCAUCCCAGUCUUGCCGACAUCCAAGCAAUCUGUCUGUUGGUAAUUCAUGAAUGGGGAAGCCGCAAUGCCGUUCGUGCUUACAUCUACCUGGGCCAAGCCGCCCGCAUGGCCCAGAUGUACCGCGUCGCCCACGCGCACGAGCAGUCCGAGCCACAGCAGUUCGUGCAGUCGGAAUCCUUCCGACGCACCAUGUGGUUGAUCUACAUCCUGGAUUGUUUCCUCACUGCAAGCCCCGGCAGGCACCCCGCACUGUCUCAGCGCGAUGUUCGCGACAUGGCCCUUCCGUGCCUGGACAUGAACUACACGUUCGACAGUCCCGCUUUCGUCCGGACCCUCGACGGCACUCUGCCGAGCCAGGCUCCGCACGGUACCGUACCGGCAGAGGUUGGAGAGUUUGGCCACUUUGUCCUUGCAACCAAGGCCUGGCGCAAUGUGAUUGAACUGAUGACCACGACGACGCUGGCGACCUUCACGGAGGAUCGCUGCCAGAUCCUCGAGGCUGAGAUCGAAAACAUUCGUUCAUCUCUACCCCCGCACUUCUCGGACAAGCCCGGCCAGAUUGCUGUCCACAUCACGAUGGGUAGCGGUUAUACCUAUGCUAUGAUUCACUGCCUGCUGCACUGUGCUUCCAUCUUCCUCAAUCGCCGUCGUAUUCUGCAAGACGUCAGCGCCGAGGGCUUCUCCGCCGACGCCUGGAGGGCUUCAGGCCGUGCGCAGCUCGCCGAUCAAAUAUUUGGUGCUGCACACAGCAUCGUGUCCAUGUUGACGGCACUGGAGGGUGGAGCUGAGAAAGACUCGAUCUUGUGUUUCCCCAUCUUCAUGCUCUUCGCCGCCUUUACCUCGGGCGCGGCUGUGGCUUACCUCCAGCUCAAGGGCCUGACACCGGCCGAUGUACGCGAGACCACUUCCACCAUAGUACGGGACGUCUUCCGCUUCCUCAAGGACGGUGCCGACUGCUGGCCGCUGAUUGUGCCAUGGCAACGCCACUUGUCUGUCAUGGCCAAGGUCCUCAAAGAGUACACGGCUCGCAUCGACCGAGAAGAGUCACCCGACGGAGCCAAGGCCCGCGCGUCACCAUCCAUUAAGGACGAUGUUUCGUCACAGCCUGAUACCAGCACGGCCGACGUCAUGGAUUACGAUCAGACCGAUAACAGCACGGGACACGGCUCUGCGGCCCAUGGCGGUCAACCACACCCGACGAUUGAGGGUGGACGAGACGGCAGCGAGCCGCCUGCCGCCCCUCGUAGGCCUGGUAUCGCUACCAUCAAUGGCGGGUCUGCCGGCAACUCCACACCUGCCACUGGCAGCCCUGCACCGAUGCCGGCCCGGGAGAGCGGAAGCAUGAAGAUUGAUAGCCCCGAUCCAAAUGACGCCGCUUCGGGUGGCUCGUCGUCGACGGCCAAGAACGGAAGCAAUGGCCCCCCUGCCCAGCAAGAACCCGCAAUCGACUCGGCUGAUCUGUGCGCAGCAUUCGAGCGCCAGCUGCUUGAGUUGGACGACCUGGCGGCGUUCAUGGGUGGCGGGGUGUGAGUGACUCUGCCCAUUCAGCAAACUUGCUCAUAUUGUCUUUUCUCAAAAUUCAGUAACAGGCUCUUUUGUUGUUUGCUUGGCAGAGCUGACUUAACAUCUGGUGAAACAGGGCACCUAAUUCCUGAACGUCUGGUUUCUACCGUUACCGAAACGGACGAUGGAUAUUAGACUCGGUUAAUGUGUACGAGGCGCAAAAGAAAAGAUGGUGUUGAUUGCGGUGCCAGAUGGGCCAGGAGGAGGAUCGUUUGUCUUCACAUAGCGUGCGGAUGCUCUUUUCACACAGCGUUGUACUUGACAUUUUGUCAUUCUUCUUUGUCCACCUUUUUUCAAUUUUUCUUUCAUGGGUUUUCUUGAUGUGGGUGGUCGGAUUGUGGCUUUCGGUGGGAUUUUCCUAUUGAGUUUUUCAGGUGGGAGAAUGGCGCUGGUUGCUCACCCUAGGGGUUUUGUUUGUCUAAUUUUUCGUUUGUCAUAUUUGGGCAUUUUUUUGUGUCUUGUUUGCGUAUACCACUUUACAGCCUCCUGGGGGAAAGGAAAGGGGGCUCCUGCUGCUUAUCCUUGGCGUAAUUUUCCUUAAUUCAUAUCAUUUUUAUACAGUUCUUGGCGCGCUCUCGAGACUUACUUUUCCGUCGAAGACGAUGGUUUGUCCAGUACUUUUAUUGUAACUUAUGGCGACGACUGCUCUUUUUUGGCUUCUCGCCUUCUUCUGAAAUCGAGAGCCAUGUACCAUAGUUUGUUUUAUUUUGAUUCCAAAGGCAAUACAAUGGAGUUGACUGGUUUAGGAGAAACUAGUUGUGGCCAUGUACUGAUAGUUAAGCCUUGCAUACCUAGGCAGGUUGCCAUUACAACCAGCACAUGCAGGUGCAGGGCGAGGACACAUGUGAGAGGCUGGGGUUUGUUGCUCAAAAAAAAGACCAAAACUUGUGGAGAGAAAACAAAUUUGACCAGAAAACUAUUUUGAACAUUUCGUCCGUCCUUCACUCACGUCGCCGCCCUUGAUCCAUCCACCCUGCGCUUGUCAUACUAUCGAACACAACCCUUACGAUAUCGAUCCUUACCCCUUUUUCCAGCUGACAGAGCAAAGGACAAGACAAA